ACACGAUCCGGGACGUGGGGAGUGAAAUAUCGAAUGCAAUCGGCACAGCGUCACUUUCAACGAGGAAAAGACGACGUGGAGAAGACAGUAGACGAGUAAAUUGAUCAGAUUUAACAGUGUGACAGCUGUUACCCGACUUUCAACAGACUGAGAGCCAACACAGCCAAUCCAGGAUGAAAACUUACACAUUUGCGAUACUGGCCUUGGCACUUGUCGCCAACGUUGCGCACAUCCGUGCUGAUGAUGAUGACGAGGACUCGAAGAAGGACAGCGUAGGAACUGUCGUGGGAAUCGAUCUGGGAACAACUUACUCAUGUGUCGGAGUGUACAAGAACGGACGUGUGGACAUCAUCGCUAACGACCAGGGAAACCGGAUCACCCCUUCGUACGUCGCCUUCACGGCGGAGGGCGAGCGUCUGGUGGGAGACGCCGCCAAGAACCAGCUGACGACCAACCCCGAGAACACCGUCUUUGACGUCAAGCGUCUGAUUGGCCGAACAUGGGACGACCCAUCCGUGCAGCACGAUCUGAAGUAUUUCCCAUUCAGGGUGAAGAACAAGAACAGCAAGCCGCACAUUUUCGUGGACAUCGGUGAGGAAAAGGACCGCAUGUUCGCGCCGGAGGAACUCAGUGCCAUGAUUCUCGGGAAGAUGAAGGAAACGGCCGAGGCCUACCUGGGGAAGACGGUCACCCACGCCGUCGUUACCGUCCCCGCCUACUUCAACGACGCCCAGCGCCAGGCUACCAAGGACGCCGGUACCAUCGCUGGCUUGAACGUCAUGAGGAUCAUCAACGAACCAACUGCUGCUGCCAUUGCCUAUGGUCUGGAUAAGAAGGAGGGAGAGAAGAACAUCCUCGUGUUCGAUCUCGGUGGUGGAACCUUCGACGUGUCUCUCCUGACCAUCGACAACGGAGUGUUCGAGGUGGUGGCCACCAACGGAGACACUCACUUGGGCGGUGAGGACUUUGACCAGCGUGUGAUGGAACACUUCAUCAAGCUGUUCAAGAAGAAGAAGGGGAAGGACAUCCGUAAGGACAACCGUGCGGUGCAGAAGCUGCGUCGGGAGGUGGAGAAGGCUAAGCGCGCCCUCAGCGCCCAGCACCAGACACGUAUCGAGAUCGAGUCCUUCUUCGACGGCGAAGACUUCUCCGAGUCCCUCACCCGUGCCAAGUUUGAGGAACUGAACAUGGAUCUGUUCCGUUCCACCAUGAAGCCGGUACAGAAGGUUCUGGAAGACUCUGACCUGUCCAAGAGUGAGGUCCACGAGAUCGUUCUCGUCGGCGGAUCCACCAGGAUCCCCAAGAUCCAGCAGCUGGUGAAGGAGUUCUUCAACGGGAAGGAGCCGUCCCGCGGAAUCAACCCUGACGAGGCCGUGGCGUACGGAGCUGCCGUCCAGGCCGGCGUGCUGAGCGGAGAGGAGGAGACUGGUGACCUUGUGCUUCUUGAUGUCAACCCCCUGACCAUGGGUAUCGAGACUGUCGGCGGUGUCAUGACCAAGCUCAUCCCCCGUAACUCUGUCAUCCCCACCAAGAAGUCUCAGAUCUUCUCCACAGCAGCAGACAACCAGCCCACUGUCACCAUCCAGGUGUUCGAAGGUGAGCGACCAAUGACAAAGGACAACCAUCUCCUCGGAAAGUUUGACCUGAACGGCAUCCCCCCGGCUCCGCGCGGCGUACCCCAGAUCGAGGUCACCUUCGAAAUCGACGUCAAUGGCAUCCUCAAAGUGUCGGCAGAAGACAAGGGCACGGGCAACAAGGAAAAAAUCACCAUCACCAAUGACCAGAACAGGCUCUCACCCGAGGACAUCGAGAGAAUGGUCUCCGACGCGGAAAGAUUCGCAGAGGACGACAAGAAGGUCAAGGAAAAGGUCGAGGCCAGAAACGAGCUGGAAAGCUACGCCUACUCGCUCAAGAACCAGAUCGGUGACAGCGAGAAGCUCGGAGGCAAGCUCGAGGAUGACGACAAGGAGAAAAUCUCAGAAGCCAUCGAGGACAAAAUCUCCUGGCUCGAAAGCAACCAGGACGCAGAAACAGAGGACUUUAAGGCAAAAAAGAAGGAAUUGGAAGAGGUAGUAACGCCGAUCAUCAGCAAAUUGUACGAGGGACAGGGUGGGGCACCACCACCCUCAGGGGAAGAGGAAGAAGAUGACUCAGAAAAAGACGAGCUAUAAGACAGUGGGAACCAAGAAGGGGGAGGGGGGGUGUUAGAAUCUUACACUUGUAGGUAGACAGUCACCAGCGUAGUUCUAUCCUGAAAUCCUGUUUAAAUCAUUACCUUGUGCAGUAGAAUGUUAUGAAAAUUUGGAACGGCAAACUCCAGAAACUUGUGUCAAUUCAGUAUUUUCUAGUUGAGAGACCUUGUUCAUUUUUUUUAUUACCAAGAUUUAAUCUUACAUCCAAGGGUGUACAUUUACAUUGACUCUCUUAUCUAAGCUAGCGGCCUCUACAGAUUAUAGAAAAUGUUGUUUGCUUCCCAAGAAAUUUGAGCAUGGACACUUCCAACUGUAACUUAUGUUCUAUAUGAUGUUGUACUUGUUGUAUAAAAAGGUUGUAAUUUCUUCCUCAAGCAACAUAUAGUGAUGUAGCCUCUACCAGGCUUCGGAAGUGGCUGGAUAGAGCAGAAAUCGGUCAGAUUCGAUAGACAGAUAGCAUGUCAGUGGAGUUAUUCUGCUAAGGGAGUACAUUUGCCGCACAAAUUUGAUCAAACCCAACAGGUUUCGGAUGUGGCAAAAAUACAUUUCUACUCCUUUAGUAGACCAACUCCCAUUGCAUGUUACCAGUCUAUUUGGCCAAUUUCUGCUCUUUUCAGCCAUUUCCGAAGCCUGCUAGAGGCUAUAUAUUAGUAAUGCAGUCUUUUGCAGUUACGUACAUGUAGUGGUGAAUGGUUAUUGUUGUAAUAUUAAACUCUGAUAUGUCUGCAUUAUUUUUGAUUGUACAGAAAUGUGACCAAAGGCCAGGUAACUCCUGAAUUCCAAUGCCUGUUGUACAAUCACAUCGGCAGAACGUACUGCGCCUAUGCAAAACCCUGAUUUUUCGCAGUAUUCGUUGGAUGUUUGGUCAAUGUUGCAUCAGAAUUUUGCCUGUUGCAGACAGCAUUUUUUCUGACACAGUCAUUUGGAAACUACAGACGGACGUUAACCUUAUGUGCACGAAUACGACCUUGUAUGAGAUGUUCUGUCGCAGUGCUAGGCAAAAUACAUUACGGAUUUCAUGCAGGCGCAGUACGUUCUGCCGACGUGCUUGUUGUACCCUGUGUUUUCCCGCGCAUGCUUGUAUAAUCAAAGCAGUAUGUUCUCAGCUGUGUCUAAGGUCAACAGAAGUUUACAAGAGAAAGAAAAAAAAAUAAACUAUUUUUGUUAGCUGAAAUGGUCAGCUGAGUUAUCCACCCUGAGAAUACUUAUUUGUAAAAUAUCAGAUGAUGAUAUUAAAAAGAAGUUGAUGA